UGUUACAAACACUUUGACUUUUCUCGGUAAGGAGAGGGACUACUCGGCACACUUUGGUGUGUUUUUGUGAGAAUAUUUCAGCAGGUUUUGGUGCCACAAGUACCUAUUUUGAAACUUUUCAGCCCGGGAUCCCGCGCGUCUCUUACCCCGUGAUAUCCAUUCCCUUCACCUUAACACCACACGCAAGACUGGGGUGACUGUCGGGCAGACAUGCUGUAGAAGUGUCUCUACAAGUGAAACAGCGGAGUGAAACUGAAAUUUGCGGUGCGCAUGAGUGGGACCAUGCAAGGACAACACAACAGAGGACUGAAUAAUCUGAGGCUUUUGCUUCUGUGCCUCUCCAUUUCCAUCCUCGCCUCAGGAGUGUACGCGGGUGGGAAGAAGCACAGUGGCCCAUGUGGAGGAAGAGACUGCAGCGGAGGCUGUAAAUGUUUCCCAGAGAAGGGUGGCAGGGGUAACCCUGGGUCUCUAGGUCCUCAGGGUCACCAGGGGCCUUCAGGGAGACCAGGCGAUGCAGGCAUCCAAGGACCAAAGGGGGAGAAAGGUGACCGCGGCCGUGGUGGAUUCAUAGGUCCUAAAGGAAAUGUGGGAAUGACCGGCAUUCCUGGGUUUUCUGGAAACGAUGGCAUACCUGGCCACCCAGGACAAGCUGGACCCCGUGGAAGGCCCGGUGCAGACGGCUGUAACGGGACACAGGGAGACUCAGGGCUACCAGGACAACCCGGCUAUAAUGGCUCACCUGGUUUUCCUGGACAACCAGGAUGGAAGGGGCAGAAGGGGGACACUCUGGAGCUGAGUGUGUACAUGGAGCGCUUCAGGGGAGAUCCAGGCACACCAGGGGUCAACGGAAUAUGUGGGCUUCCAGGAAACCAAGGUUGGCAGGGUAACAGAGGCUUUACAGGACCAAAGGGUCCCCAAGGUACUCCAGGUCCCCGUGGGCCAAAGGGCACUAUGACCACAGUGCUUAAGGGACACAGAGGAGAACCAGGGGAAAGCGGACAGCCAGGGCCGCAAGGAAACUCUACUCAUCAGCAAGUUCUGCCCCCCUAUGGACCCUCGGGACCUCGUGGACCGAAUGGUCUGAAAGGAACAGCAGGAGAUCCAGCUGACAACAAAGGAGAAACUGGUGUGAUGGGAUUCCAUGGGGGCCGGGGUGCAGCUGGUGAAGAUGGGCGCCCUGGACCAAGGGGGGAUUUCGGCGAACAAGGACCAAAAGGCCGAGGUGGUUCUAAGGGAGAAAGAGGUGAUCCAGGACAACUGAUUUCAUCAGGAUCCUCAUGGCCCUGGUCUACGGCAGGUGGUCCUCCCGGUCCCCCUGGUGUGCAGGGCCCAGAGGGAGAGAGGGGACCGGUAGGAGACCAAGGCAUCCCCGGACCCCCUGGACGCUACGCCUCGCAAACACAGCAACAAGUUUUGGAUUUCAUAGGGCCAUUUGGUAUAAAGGGGGAAUCAGGAGACAAGGGCCAAUCAGGUGAUCCAGGACUCCCUGCUGACAGGGCAGGACUCCCUGGCACCGACGGGCGCCCAGGGGCCAAAGGCCUUCCAGGACCCAAAGGAACAUGGGCUGAGUUCUUCAAGGGGGCUCCUGGUGGGAGAGGAAGGCCGGGCAAUGCAGGCUUUAAAGGAGUGAAAGGUAAUCAUGGGGUGUGUGAAUGCAUUGUUGUAAACUCUUCACCGGGGCUACCUGGACCUGCCGGUGACCACGGCGAUGCUGGGAUGACUGGAGAGUUUGGUCAGAGGGGUGAUUUAGGAGAGCCAGGUCCCGAAGGAGACUCUGGAUUCCCUGGAUCUCGUGGGCUCAGCGGUGUGCCGGGCCUUAAGGGUCGAAAAGGGGAAGAGAGAGUGUCCUCAGAGAGAGGAUAUCCUGGAGACUCAGGGGUUUCUGGGCGAGAUGGUGAGUCGGGAGUGUUUGGUGCUCCAGGCCGAAAUGGUUUUCCUGGUAUCCCUGGGAGCCGAGGUCUUCCGGGAGAAGGUCCUAAAGGAGAACUUGGAGACAAAGGUUUUCCAGGUUCGCCCGGUCGACCCGGUGCAACCGGGCUAAGUGGACAAGACGGUACAGUCCUUGGAGGGCACAAGGGCCAACAGGGUUUACCUGGUGACGACGGCCUGGCAGGUUAUAAUGGAGUUCCAGGAACACCUGGCAGCCCAGGCGGCUGUAGUCCAGGAGAUGGAGGACAGGUGGAUGUAACAGGUCCUUGUGAUACUUUUCCUGGACCUCCUGGGCUGCCUGGACCUCCAGGUCCCAGUGGAUUAACAGGUUUCCCAGGUCCUCUCGGCCAAACAGGACCACAGGGUCCACUUGGAGCACAUGGAGUGAAAGGAGACACAGGAGAUCAAGGCAUAGGGGGCCGUCCUGGACCAUCAGGUUUUUCGGGCCCCCGUGGAGACCGUGGGUUUCCUGGCGGCAAAGGUUCAGACGGAGUCCCAGGUGUGCCCGGUGUGUCCGGUCGAUACGGUGCGCAAGGUGAGAAGGGUGUUCACGGAGAAAUCUUCGGAGCAUCGGCAGGAUCCCCCGGUGACCCAGGGCUGCCUGGGCUUCAAGGGAAUAAAGGCCAGACCGGUGAUUCAGGAGAGCAAGGCUAUUCAGGAAUGGACGGCAUGCCUGGUAUGAUCGGCUUCAAGGGUGAGCGGGGCCCUUUAGGCCUGCAGGGGGAGGAAGGGAGGCCUGGGCCAGCGGGAAAGUACGGCUACCCCGGUGAUCCUGGGCGAGCGGGUACACCUGGGCCGCAAGGUGUUACUGGACAGCCAGGUUUCACUGGAGAGAGGGGAACUGAAGGAGAACCAGGCUCUCCAGGUCCAGUUGGAUUAAAAGGCUUCCCAGGGCAAUUUGGUAAUGAUGGUGCCGUUGGAGAGUAUGGCCCAACAGGUCAACCGGGAGAGACUGGUGCAGAUGGACGGCCAGGAGUUCUAGGAAUGAAGGGAUACAAAGGGUCUCCUGGCAUGCCAGGCUUUGAGGGGACCAGGGGCAAUCUAGGGGGGAAGGGCUUCAGUGGGUUCAGUGGGGAACCUGGAGUGCUGGGCCAAGGUGGUCCAAAAGGAGUGACGGGUCAAAGUGGAGCGAAAGGCGAUCGGGGUUUGAGAGGGCCAUCCGGGGACAAGCCUCAAAUCCCCGGCCAGUUGGUUUUUGACAUGAAGGGAACCAAGGGAGACUAUGGACAAUAUGGAAAUCAAGGUUUCACCGGGCAGAGAGGUAUUAAGGGUUUGCCCGGUGUGCCGGGCUACGAGGGAACUCACGGUCUUCCUGGAGAGCCCAGCAAUAAGAAAGGUUACCAUGGAGAUCCGGGUGCAGAGGGACUGCUGGGGAUAAAAGGAAUGCCCGGCCCAACUGGAAAUCAAGGAAUUACUGGUUUUGAGGGAAUGCCAGGCAACAAGGGAAUUAAAGGAAGUCCUGGUGCCUACGGUGCAUCAGGAGACAAAGGAAAGAGUGGAUUUAAAGGGGAGAAAGGCCCACGCAUAGAUCUUCCAGGAACCACCGGCUUGAGAGGAGAGCAUGGUCUUCCAGGAGAACCAGGCCAGAAAGGAUUAUUUGGACCAACAGGGGACAGGGGCAUACCAGGUUUUGGUGGAAUUGAAGGAAAAAAAGGAGAGUGGGGGGAUCCAGGAAUAUUAGGGUACCCAGGCUCUGAUGGUCAGAAGGGAACUCCUGGUAACCAAGGUCAAAAAGGCUUUCCUGGAUCUCCUGGAAAAGAAGGAUAUCCGGGUGUUCGUGGCUUCACAGGAAACAAAGGUUUCCUUGGCCUGAAGGGUCUUUAUGGAUUACAUGGACUGAAAGGACAGAAGGGUAUCCCCGGCACACCAGGCCUGGAUACCACUGGACCAGCUGGAGAACAAGGAAUCAAAGGAGAGAAGGGAGAGGGAGGUUACCCCAACAGCCAGCCAGGUUUACCUGGCACAGUGGGUUUGAAAGGUUUCCAGGGCCCUCUAGGUGACCGUGGUCAACCUGGACUGCCAGGAUUUCGCGGCCCCGUAGGACCAAAUGGGACCGCUGAAAAACCAGGACACAGUGGGGACCCUGGCUCUGGAGGACCUAAUGGGUACCAAGGCUUCCCUGGACCCAAAGGGCUUCCUGGUGCUGAUGCUUUCCCUGGAGAAAAGGGUGUACGUGGAAUAAGUGGGUUUCCUGGAGUCCCUGGUAGGAAAGGAUUCAAAGGAGAUCAAGGUUCAUUUGGACACAGGGGGCCAAAUGGUGUUUCUGGGAAGAAAGCUGUGAAAGGAGAUCAAGGAGUGAUGGGUGUUCCUGGUACCAUAGGUUUGAAGGGAGAAAAAGGGCCAACUGGUCCAAAAGGAAACACUGGACUUACAGGUUUUCAGGGGUACCCAGGGAACCAGGGUCCUCUUCCCAUUCCCAUCAGAAUCCCAGGAGAGAGAGGCCCUAACGGACCGCAGGGUAUAAAAGGACCACAGGGGAUCAGCGGGGAAGUAGGGCCACAGGGCCCCCCUGGUGAUACAGGUUUCAUGGGACCCAUUGGGCAGAAGGGCAUGCCUGGGAUUGGUGGUAGAUCAGGAACACCUGGAUUCCGUGGAGAGCUUGGACAAAUGGGCCACCCUGGUCUGCAAGGCAUGGAAGGUCACCGUGGCAAUCCUGGUAGCCCUGGGUUACCUGGUAUGCCGGGCCGAAGCGUCAGUGUGGGUUACUUGCUGGUGAAACACAGUCAAUCAGAACAGACGCCCAUGUGUCCUGUUGGCAUGUCGAAACUGUGGGACGGCUACAGUCUGCUGUACUUUGAGGGCCAGGAAAAGGCCCACAACCAGGAUCUUGGUUUGGCAGGCUCCUGCCUCCGACGGUUCAACACCAUGCCCUUCCUGUACUGCAAUCCUGGAGACAUCUGUUACUAUGCCAGCAGAAAUGAUAAGACCUACUGGCUGUCGACGAGUGCUCCUCUUCCCAUGAUGCCCGUAGAGGAGGGAGAGAUCAAACCGUAUAUCAGCCGCUGCUCAGUAUGCGAAGCUCCAUCAGUUGCCAUCGCAAUCCACAGCCAGGAUAUCACCAUCCCACAGUGUCCUGCAGGCUGGCGCAGCAUGUGGAUUGGAUACUCCUUCCUCAUGCACACAGCAGCAGGAAAUGAAGGUGGAGGUCAGUCAUUGUCAUCGCCUGGCUCUUGCCUGGAGGACUUCCGCGCAACACCGUUCUUUGAGUGUAACGGGGCCAAAGGCACAUGCCACUACUUUGCUAACAAGUACAGCUUCUGGCUAACCUCCAUAGAUCAGUCGUUCCACACUGAGGCGGCAUCAGAGACGCUCAAAGCAGGCCAGCUCCUGUCACGCAUCAGCCGCUGCCAGGUCUGCAUGAAGAACUUGUGAGAGACUCGACAGUAACGCCGACACAAAGAGUUUGUUGCAAUGAAAGUGGUCUAGUCUCUCUAUCCAUGUGCUAAACCAAACAAAGGGGGAUCUGAAAUACCGAUUUAGAUUGAUGUAAAUUGGAAACCUUCUCCCCGAACCAGAGCUCAGAUAUGCAAUGACUGUCCGAUGCCUUGAGUGAAAUGUCCCACUGUAGAUAAAACAGAAGCCCUAUAAUGAAAUCAACAGCAUUAUGGGAAUGCAAGUAUUUUGUGUUAAAUGUGGAUUGGUGCUUAUUGAUUAACUUAUUACCUCAGCUACGAUGACACAUUGUUAACGAUCAGAGACCGUACACUAGAGCUGAACCAAAGAUGCCCGUGUGUAUGCACUGCUUCAGUUUAUCUAGAUGUUUGUAUUGUUUAGGGUGUACAGCCCACCAUAAAGCCACUAACACUGCUUCUCAUCCAAUUGAAGAAAUGCUCCUGAACAAUCGUUGGUUGAUACUUUUGACAGUAUUAUCCUCCUUUUAUUUCAUUGCUUUUACAAAACUUAUUUUUAUAUUACGACAGUCUCUUCAAGCGUUAUAUGCAUUUAUCAACUAUUGCAAAAUCAUCUAACUCUUUAUUUUUCAUACACCAUACGUAUGUUCACACAAUGCACUGAUUCUCUUUGUAUUUAUACCAGCUGAAUGAACUUGAGCCCCCUCUUUAAGAGUUUAAACAUAUUUUAUCUAAUACUACUCAUGUCAACUCAUUUUCCUUUACAAAUCUACUAAUUAUUAAACUGUCGCGAGCUGCAAGGACAAAAUGUAAACAGCUCAGAUCAAAGGUCUGACUGCAGCACAUUCAUGCUGUAGUAACUGAUUAGACUAUUUUACACAAUUUAGAGGUCAAAUGUUCUACUUCACCUGGAUUCAAAUAAAACAAACGUUGAUUAGACGGGGAAUAUACUGACAAAUAACUGUAAUGUAAUAUUGGUCAUUUUCAUAACAUGAUUAUUUCAUUGGAUUGUAAAGAUUAAAUGUUGUUUGUUAUACUC